AUGGAUGACGUAGGAUUGAACGAUUCCAUGGUGGAAUGUGGUUUACAGCCACAUGAUUAUCUUGAGGUGAAAUUCUUUCUGAUCAGUGUCGUAGGUAGCCUUAUAGGACUUUUUGGAUUGUUUGGAAAUGCAUCCACAGCGCUUAUUCUCACAAGACCAUCAAUGCGGAAUCCGAACAAUCUGUUCCUUACGGCAUUGGCUGUGUUUGAUUCAUGUUUACUGAUCACAGCAUUCUUCAUCUAUGCUAUGGAGUACAUUAUCGAAUAUACUCAAGCUUUUGAUCUCUACGUCGCUUGGCUCACCUAUUUACGGUUUGCUUUUGCUCUCUCACAUAUUUCUCAAACGGGAAGCGUAUAUAUCACUGUGGCAGUGACAAUUGAACGAUAUUUGGCUGUUUGUCAUCCGAGACGUAGCAAACAAAUGUGUAAUUCAGGAGGAGCUGCUUGGACGAUUCUAGGUGUGACAACGUUCGCCGUACUUUUCAAUGCAACAAAAUUUUUCGAACUUGAGGUUACGAUAAAUCCUGUAUGUCCUGAUGGGAAAAAUUGGCAAAGUUAUAUUCUAUUACCAUCAGUGAUGGCAGCAAAUCCACUUUAUCAGCAGGUGUACGCAUUAUGGUUGACAAAUAUUGUGAUGGUAUUUUUACCAUUUCUUACACUACUUGUACUAAAUGCUUAUAUAGCGUAUACGAUACGUAAAAGUCUAGAAAAAUUUGAUAAUCAUCAACAAAAAUCAAUAGCAGCAGCCCUAUCGAAUACCACUAAUGUAGCCCGCGAAAUAGCCAGGUUACCAGAUCGAAGCGAACUGAAGGAGAAAAGCAGAGAGGCCACUCUUGUUCUCGUGAUCAUUGUGUGUAUUUUUCUGAUUUGUAAUUUUUGGGGAUUUGUACUCACACUUCUCGAAAGGAUCGUCGAUCAUGAAACAUUGAUGGUUGAACAUCACACGUUCUACACAUUCUCUCGAGAAGCGAUUAAUUUUCUUGCGAUCAUUAAUUCUUCAAUUAAUUUUGUGAUUUAUAUUGUUUUUGGAAAAGAGUUCAGAAAAGAACUCGUAAUCGUCUAUGGAUGCGGGAUGCGUGGAAUCACUUUGAAAUUGCCUGUACAUGACAAGUUCAAUAUUUGGAGAACAUGGGGAAAACGUGCAAAAGACGUUCGUCGAUCCAUUAGCCUAAGUGGACGAAGUAAUUUAAGUACCCAUGCGCUAUCGUCAGCCUCAAAUCUGGAUUUUCCUGCCUUAGAACAUUUAGAGCAGACACGUUUCCUUCAGGAAACAACACAUGAUAAAAAUGGAAAUCAAACAAGAACGGAGCGUUCACCGAUUCGAAUAAUACAAAAUGGAUCAGCAAAACCAAAUAGGUUGGAACCUAGCAAUGGAAGCACUGGCCGGAGAAUGACGCUCACUCUGUACUCGGAUGUAGAUGGUGAAAUAAGUCUACCGGCUGUGCUUAACGUGAUAUCCGAGAAAAAAGGGUUACUGGAUAGUCAUCUGAUCUUAAGUCUCUGA